UGGUAACCUACGUGACUUGACCUGAGUAGACAGGAAUAUCAAAUAAUGAGAACAUCACUCCCCACUUGCAAACAAUAGUAUAAAAAAGUUAAGAUUACUCAUAUGUAAUACCAAAAUAUUUUUCAUUUAAAUAUAAUUUCUUAAUAUUUAGCAUCAUAUUUCUAGAUGAAAUCAAUGCAAUUCUUUGUAUUAUAUUUUGUAAAAAGGAUCCUCUUAGAAAUAUAUCUUAUGUUGAGUAUAUAUUUGCAGAAAAGCAUGUUGUGUUGUGGGUCGUGCCUGACGGAAAUUGCGCGUCGUGAACAUAUCUUCGCCAUGUCCAGCGAUGGCGUACACUCCAACUACACCAACCUAGGCGGGUUUAUGCACGACGUAGUGACAGUAUCGAGCGCGGGUAACGUGGUACUGGACGGCGGCGCCUCCGCGCAAUACUCGUGGUUCCCCGGGUACACCUGGACCAUAGCACUGUGCCGGUCAUGUGCCGCACACGUCGGGUGGAGGUAACAUAAUCAACCUUUUAACUAGUCAGCGCAAUAAUCGAGGUUCCCUCGUCAUAAUUAACGAGAUACCUGUUAAGAGGGAAUACAUUC